UUGACGAGUGUAUCAUGUAUAAACGUUAGCUUGUGUGUAAUAUGUAAAUAUGUAUGCUAAAACACAACAUAAGUGAGAAGAGAAUGAAACCAUCAACAAACGUUCAGUGCUUGUCAAGGAUUAGUCCGCCAGGCCCCGCCCCUUUCUAAUGACACAGGACUUCAGCUAAAUAAACCUGCCGCUAUAACUUUGGCUCUUGUCUCAAGAGUCCUCCCUCUGUCACUAUCUCUAUACCGUUGGUUCCCAAACCAGGAUACUAGAAUACUAUUACUACCUUGACACAUCUCCUUGAGACUUUCUUCCUUGAUAUGGAUCUAAAGGGGUUUUGCCUGAGUGAAAACGUCAAUUUUCUCAGCCAGCACAACCACCUGUUGGUCUCCUCAAACACCGACGACGCCCCGUCACCAGAUGAUACAUGUAACAAGACGGAUCCCCCCAGCCCUACCUUCGCCCUGGACAGCACCACGCCAUUCAGUCCAAGCUCGGACAGCAGUGGAUACAGUUUAUUUUCACAGGGUCACUCGAUGGACCCGGAAUCCCCGAGUUCGAGCAGCAGCGGCAGCGUUGUCAGCGCAGCACCGGACACUAGCGGCGCAGCUAAGUUUUGGUCGGAGCGCAGUUUGGCGCUCUCGGCGCACGUUGACUCCAUCCUCAAAUGUGACUACCUAUCGUCUCUGCGCCCUGGACCUAAAAGGCUGUGCCUAGUUUGCGGCGACUUUGCAUCAGGAUAUCACUACGGAGUAGCGUCGUGUGAGGCAUGCAAGGCUUUCUUCAAGAGGACAAUUCAAGGUAACAUUGACUACAGCUGCCCUGUGAUGAACGAGUGUGAGAUCACCAAGCGUCGGAGGAAGUCGUGCCAAGCGUGCCGCUUCCAGAAGUGCCUGCGUGCCGGCAUGAUGAAGGAAGGUGUUCGCAUGGACCGAGUCAGAGGAGGACGUCAGAAGUACAAGAGAAGGGGGGACUCUGGCCUCUCUCUUUAUACGAAGGCCCCAGACACACACCCUGUCAAGUCCAACGGAAACAAAGUGAUCUCCCAGCUUCUCUUGACAGAGCCAGCACCCCUGUGUGCCACGCCUGACAACUCAACCAAUGAUGACAACCUUAAAGCCCUGCUGACGCUGUGUGACCUCCUAAACAGGGAACUCCUGGUCAUGAUUGGCUGGGCAAAGCAUAUCCCAGGCUUCUCUGCCCUUUCAUUGGUGGACCAGAUGGCCCUGCUGCAGAGUGGUUGGAUGGAGACACUGGUCUUGUCAGUGGUGUUUCAGUCUCUGGGCUAUGGGGAGGAGCUGGUGUUUGCUGGGAACCUGCGUCUGGACCAGGCCCAGUGCAGAGCGGCAGGACUCUCUGACCUCUACACCGCCCUGAGACAGCUGACCACCAAGUACCAGCAGAUGAACCUGAGCCAAGAGGAGGUGGUCACUCUCAAGGCUAUGGCCCUCGCCAACUCCGAUGCAGAGAACCUGGAGAAUGCGGAGGCAGUGCAGCGGUUCCAGGACGGACUCCAUGAGGCCCUGCAGGAGUACGAGAGCUCCCAGCACACAGCAGAGCUCCACCGGGCAGGCAAGCUUCUCAUGACCCUUCCCCUGCUCCGGCAGACUGCCAACCGCGCCGUGGACACCUUCUGUAGACUCCACCUGGAGGGCCGCGUGCCCAUGCACAAACUCUUCCUGGAGAUGCUGGACGCCAAAAUAUGACUGUUCUACUACACCUAACCUCCCAUUGGCCCCCACAAACGUUAACCAGGUGCCCCAUUGUUGAGGGGUCAGAAGUUCAGGGCUUGGUGGUUCGCAGUUUUAUGACAAGCCAUGGUGUCAUGGAACAAGACUGACUUAUAAGUCAAGGGCUCUAUUCAAUCCGUGUCGCAGAAGUUCAACGCUAAAGUGUGAUUGAAAUUUAAAGGCAAUGUUCCCGCAUUAGCGGCGACUGCAUUCACUGUAAACUUCGUGCAAUCUAUAACGCUUCAGCGAUAAAGACUGAAUGGUCCCAAGUAUAGCAUAUUUUUGAGGUACUUUUUCAGAGGAGAGUAUGUAGAAAUGUUUUCUUAUAUCAUGGCGAUUUUCGAGCCAUGAUAUUCAGUCAAUAUGAAAGGACGUUACUCAUGUGAAAACAUAAUAGCACUACAGUUAUUGACAAUGCUUUCUGGUAGCUAGCGACCACAUAGCCAAAUGCCUCCAAGCAGUUAGCCAGGCUGAACCAAACUAUUAGUACUGCUAUCAUUACAAACAGCACAUUCUUCUGACUUCCCUGCCUUACCAUACUGUACUAAGAAGGUGCGACGCCAUUUUGUAUUUUAUUUAUGUAUUUAUUUAUUACAUGAUCGCUGUACAAAGACAUGAACUGCUUUCAUACUAGCACGUAUGCUUUUGAAUAAAAUGAUUUUGGAACUAAAUGCGUUUAUAGAGUGUGACAGACAUUGCAGUGUGAACAUUGCGUUU